UACAGCAGAGCAGCUGUAUGAAACUACAAACCAACUGCCAUUUCAUAUAAAGAGUGCUUCACUGUUGGAGACCAAAUCCCACAAAAGAACACAAUACCCAUCCUGAACGGAAAUCACAAUACGAUUCACGAGAGAGCUCCAGUCGACUAUCAGUGCAGCGAAUAAUCUCCACCAAGUGUGAUAUCAUACGCUAAAGAUCGGUCAAUGCACCUGUGCAAUGCCAUUAACAUAGCUGUAAUGCCAUAAGAACUAAUUCUGUGUGGAUGACUGCUCUUCAUAGCCGCCUUUCAAUUCGCAGAGAAGUCAAAGACACGCGGCACUUCGUGAUCUAGGAGAAAAGCGUAGGAUAGAAUGGAAAGGAGCGCAAAAUAAGGUGAAGAAUGCCCACAUAGCUUCCGGGCCCACCAUACAUUUGAUAAGGGAUUCAGCAUUUUUAAGGUUGAGAAGACAGUCAAUUUUUUAGGGCUUCAUUAGCUGCUCUUUCUCAUUUAACGGCGGUUGCCUAUCCACCGUUAAAUCAAGUCAGCCACUAAAAUUAUAGCUGGUUAUGUGUGACCAACAAACCCUGUUGUUUGUAGACCACCCAUCUUGGGAAUCCAGUUAAGUGAAUUCAUCUUCUAAUUAAUUGAGAGGGAGCGAAAAGAGAAAAUUACUGGUGCCAAUGGCCAUGGCAGGAAUGUCAAGAUGUCAAUCGGCUUUGAUCGAGGAUGCCCUUCGCCGGGGGCUGAGAAAUUCGUGGCAUGGGUUUUGUUGGGUUAGAUCUGUCAGAAAAUAUACGUCCUCCUCAGCUGAGGAGAAUGACGUGGUGGUUGUGGGAGGUGGUCCUGGAGGCUACGUUGCUGCAAUCAAGGCGGCCCAGCUUGGCUUCAAGACUACUUGCAUUGAGAAGCGCGGCGCUCUCGGAGGUACCUGCCUCAAUGUUGGUUGCAUACCCUCCAAGGCAUUGCUUCAAUCCUCACAUAUGUUUCACGAAGCCAAGCAUUCAUUUGCUGGCCAUGGUGUGAAGGUGGGACAGUUAGAAAUUGAUGUCACUGCAAUGAUGGCACAGAAAACGAAGGCUGUGACUGGUCUGACAAAAGGAAUUGAAGGACUUUUUAAGAAGAACAAAGUCACUUACGUUAAAGGUGCUGGAAAGAUUGUAUCUGGAAGUGAGGUGUCAGUGGAUCUUCCAGAUGGUGGAAACAGUAUGGUGAAAGGGAAACAUAUAAUCAUAGCAACUGGUUCAGAAGUGAAACCCCUUCCUGGAAUUACUAUUGAUGAAAAUAAAAUUGUUUCAUCCACUGGAGCACUAUCACUGAAGGAGGUCCCAAAGAAACUUGUGGUUAUUGGCGCAGGAUACAUUGGCUUAGAAAUGGGUUCAGUAUGGGGAAGGCUGGGCUCUGAAGUUACCGUUGUGGAAUUUGCUUCUGAUAUAGUUCCAUCCAUGGAUGGAGAAAUUCGAAAAUCUUUCCAGAAGACAUUAGAGAAACAGAAAAUGAAAUUUAUGCUGAAAACUAAGGUGACUGGUGUUGAUGCAUCAGGAUCAGGUGUAAAGCUAACAAUAGAGCCAGCUUCAGGAGGUGAGCAGACAACUCUUGAGGCAGAUGUAGUUCUUGUUUCUGCUGGUAGAUCACCUUAUACAAAAGGUCUUGGACUAGAAGAGCUUGGGGUGAAGCUUGAUAAAAUGGGAAGAGUGGAUGUUGACGACCAUUUCAGGACAAAUGUUCCUGGAAUUUAUGCUAUCGGUGAUGUGAUUCCUGGCCCCAUGCUUGCACACAAGGCUGAAGAAGAUGGUGUAGCGUGUGUGGAGCUAAUUGCAGGAAAACCUGGACAUGUGGACUAUAAUACUGUACCUGGAAUUGUUUACACACAUCCAGAGGUAGCAUCAAUAGGAAAGACAGAAGAACAAGUGAAGGCACUCAACAUUUCCUACGCAGUUGGGAAAUUUCCCUUUAUGGCAAAUAGCAGGGCCAGAACUAUUGAUGAUGCUGAUGGAAUGGUGAAAAUAAUUGCAGAGAAAGAAACUGACAAAAUCUUAGGUGUCCAUAUCAUGGGCGCAAAUGCAGGGGAGUUGAUUCAUGAAGCUGCAAUUGCCCUGCAAUAUGGAGCAUCUAGUGAAGACAUUGCUAGAACAUGUCAUGGUCACCCAACACUCAGUGAAGCUAUCAAAGAAGCUGCCCUGGCAACAUUUGACAAGCCUAUCCACAUUUAGAUUUAUAAUCACAUUUGUGCUAGUUAUCAUAGAUGUAUGUAGUUUUGAAUGCUGGGCUACUGGAUGCCGAUUAUUCAAAUGAUGGUUUCCGUUUGACAAUGCUGUUGAAAACUGUUAAUUUGUCUCAGUUUUGAAAUAGAGUUUCACAAUUUCGAGGAAGUUGUGCAAUUUAUUUUUAAUAAAAGUUAUACUCAAAUGCAAUAGAAGUUUGAAAUUUUUUGA